UCACGCGAAACCGCAUUACACACAUUUCAUCCUUCCACCAAUGGGGGAGAUGGGAAAAACAAUCUUAGCUUUGCAACACAGCGGAUAAUUUAGAUUUUAAAAACAACAUAACGACUUUAGAGUAAUUAUAUGUGACCCGAGACAUUUUUUUCCAGCCGUUGUUUGCGUGAAUGACAUGUAAAAAGUUGAAGCUGCGACUUGCGGAGCGCGAACUUGUGGGAUUAGUUUGCAUGCAGCCCGACAGCGGAGGCGGACUGCGGUGGGAUGGGCUGUGAGGUGUUCAAGAUGGCGGCGCCCUGUGGAGUGCAGCUACUCUAACAGAGGUGCCUGGAGACUGUAUUGGUGGGUGGCCCCAGGAGUCCUCCAGGCAGGCAGGGACAGACACCGAGAGAGCCGCUGCUUCCACCUCCAGCACUGCCACCACCAUGGCCAGGGAGCAGCCCAACGUGGGGGACCUCCUCCCACUCCUUGAGACCUCCGACCUCCACCAGCUAGAAGAGAUCAGAGGCCUCAUCAACGAGCAGCUCACCACUGAGCGAGGGUCCAUGCUGCUGAACGGGCUGGUGGACUACUUUUUGGAAACAAACUCUGCCCAGGCCAUGCAUAUCCUCUCCUCAGUCAGAGAGCCGCACGACAAGCACCUUCUGGACAAGAUGAAUGAGUGUAUGACCAAACAGGCCUGCCGGCUCCCCACCCUCACCCUGCUCGGCCAUGUAAUCCGCAAGCAGCCGUCCUGGAUCCACAAGAUCGCUCGAUACCCUCUGCUGCUGUCGCUGCUCAAAUGCCUCAAGACGGAUACGGACGUGGUGGUGCUGAUCACUGGAGUGCUGGUGCUGAUCACUCUGCUGCCCAUGAUCCCUCAAGCUGGGAAACAACACCUGUGGGAGUAUUUUGACAUCUUCGGGCGCCUGGCAUCUUGGAACCUUAAGAAUCCCGGGCACGUUUCAGAGGUUUACCUAAUCCACCUGCACGCCAGUGUCUACUCACUCUUCCACCGUCUCUACGGCAUGUACCCUUGCAACUUUGUGUCCUACUUGCGCUCCCAUUACAGCAUGAAGGAGAACAUGGAAACUUUUGAGGAAGUAGUGAAGCCGAUGCUGGAACAUGUUCGUAUCCACCCAGAGCUGGUGACAGGAACCAAGGACCACGAGCUGGACCCCACUAGGUGGAAAAAGUAUGAAAUCCACGAUAUCGUCAUCGAAUGUGCCAAAGUGUCUCUAGACCCCAAGGAGGCCUCCUGUGAGGAGGGAUACGCCACCAUGCCUGAGAACUUUUACCCCCAAAUCCACAUGCGACCACAAGACUGCACUUCCAGCCCCUACACAGACCUCCACAGCAGCUACGGAAGCUCUUCUUCGACCCCGUUCUCGACUCCACGGCAGCCGAUACCCCCGCCCCUGUCCUUGCCCCCCUUCUCAGGGACACAGUCCUCCUCCCGCAGCCCACAGACCUCCAGACGGCAGAACUCCACCUGUGAACUCAACUCUUCCUGUGGGGGGAAGGACCCUCUGUGGAGCCCCUCCUCGUUGUGUGGCAUGGCCACGCCCCCUUCCUCCAGGGGCAUGUCGCCCAACUUAGAGCUGUCCCACAGUGCCUCACAUCUUCCCAGCCGCUUCCACUGCACAUCAGGAGGAAAAGGAACGCCCGCCUCCAGCACUCCAGCCACCUCUUCCCCUCCACCCACCCUAUCAGAUGACUUCCCCAUAAUCUCCUUACCAGCCAACACAGUCCAGUCCAGUCCACCAAGAAAGGAUCGCCGACAAGGAGACAGCAGCAAGCCUGUACUGGUGAGACAGGAACCAGUGAAAGAUGCAGAGAAGAGUGCAGAAGUAGCCACAAACAGAGAUGCAGGAGCUGCUGAGAACGUCUCCAUGACUUUGACGGAGCUGUCGGUCUUCAUGAAGAAACAGGAGCUGGAGCUUCAGCUGCGAACGGAGAAAGAGAGGGAAGAGGCUGCCAUCACAGAGGAGCUGCUGAAGAUCACGGAGGAGAAGCAGGAGCUGUCGGGUCUGAGGGGCUUCGACUCUCCUUUCUAUCACACCACUGAGACUCUGACUGGCUGUCAGGCACAAGACAAGCCCCUCUCUAACACCCAGUCUGGAGGUGCCAUCAGGGACACCCACCAUGUUGUAUCGACGCCAGACAAAGGGGACACCACAGCGAGCACCAGUGGUGUUGGGAGUGAAAGAGGAGGAGGAGGAGGAGGAGGAGCAGGAGAGAGCAGGAACUCUGCCCUCGGCCUCGAGCAGUCCUGGUCCUUCCAGUCAGGUUUCACCCCCAUCGAUCACCACCUGCACCGGAGCCCCUCGGCCCCGGACGACGAGGUGGGGAAGUUCGCCAUGUUCUCUCCGAGCCCGUGCAGCAAGACGCCGGCCCCGGUGCCCUACGAGUCGUUCUUCGACCUGGCUCUGCCCAGGGCCGCCUCGCUCUUCGUGGGCCAGAAGACGUCGGAGGCGGUGCACAAGGCGGCGAUGGAGAGGCUGCUGCAGCAGGAGGAGGGGCUGGAGGACGGGGAGGAGGAAGGGGUCGUGUCGGCUUCACCACUGGAGGUGCUGGAUCGCCUUGUGCAGCAGGGGAGCGACACCCACGAUAAAGUACUCAAGAGAUUACCUUUGCCAAGUAAGUCAGCUGACUGGACGCACUUUGGAGGCUCGGCGCCGCUGGACGAGCUUCACACGCUGCGCAGCCAGCUGCUCCUGCUGCACAACCAGCUGCUGUACGAGCGCUACAAGAGGGAGCAGCACGCCGUCCGCAACCGCCGCCUCCUCCGACGCAUCAUCAACGCCACCGCACUGGAGGAGCAGAACAACGCUAUGAAGGACCAGCUGAACCUGCAGAGCGUGGACAUCGUGUCUCUGAGGGAGAGUCUGCAGGUGGAGCAGCAGCGGUACAGGCAGCUGUGGGAUGACCGGGAGACGGUGGUGACCAGGCUGCACAGUCAGAUCCGACAGCUGCAGCAGGGCCGAGACGACUACUACACCAAGAACCAGGAGCUGCAGAGCAAGUUGCAGGAGUGUCAGAAAAGGAUGGAUGAGCUGGAGGCGGAGCUUCAGAGGGCCAACAACAAGGUCUGCCACACUGGUCACCUGCUCAACCAGAUGACUAUCAAGCUGAGCAACAGUGAGAGCACCCAGCAGCAGAUGAGCUUCCUGAACAAGCAGCUGCUGCUCCUCGGGGAGGCACAUAAGCUGUCCAUGCAGGAGUUACACCACGCAGGCACCGAUAACACGAAGGAGGCCCAGAUGCUGAAGGUGUCUUAUGGGAAAGAGGUGGAGACGCUGAGGCAGAGUCUGCUGCUGCAGUGUCAGAAACUGGAGGCAGCACAGCAGAGAGUCGCCGAGCUGGAGACGCACCUCUCCAAGAAGGAACACCUCAUCGCAGAGCAGAAGAAGUUCCUCGAGGACGUGAAAUGUCAAGCAAAGGCGGAGCUGCAGGCCUCAGACAGCAGGUAUCAGGCUCAGAGGAGAAUCACUCAGCUGCUGCAGACUGAACUCCUGCAGCUCUACAGCAGAGUGGAGAUGGAGGCUCCUGCUGGCACCGCCACCAGUUCACCACCAGGGGGCAGAGCUGACCCACACACUCAUGGCGACUCCAGUGUCCUGGUGCCAGAUGGACCAAGUAAAACUCACCCCAACGAGGGCGUGGACGGUCGACCGACACACGACUCCCCUCGAGGCAACGGCAGCACUUUAUCGCCACGGCAACCAAAGGCGAGCAACUCUUCCAAGACGACGGCCAACUCCAUCAACGGCAGCCAGGACCUGGCCCCGCCCCUGCUGGUGGAGCCCUCCCUGUCCUGUCCCUACGGCAACUCGCUCACGCCGCUGCCCCCCUCGGACGCCGCGCCGAUCACCGUGGGCUCCUACCCCAGCGCCAAGAGCUUCCUGGGCAUGAGGGCUCGCGAGCUGUUCCGCAACAAGAGCGAGAGCCAGUGUGACGAAGAGCAACCUCCGACGCGGCUGGCCGGCCUCGCCCACGGCCUGAAGACUGAGCUGUGCGUGGAGCCGCCCUGCCCGGGUUAUAUCGCCCCGGCCGGCCCCGCGCCGCCCCCCAUUCCAACUCAGCCCCCGCCCCCUGCCCCGGCCCACGCCCCCGCCAUUCCUCUCACUGUGCCCACCAAGGAGCCCCCCUCUGAGCCCAAGCAGCGGGCCUCCAGCCAGGAAAGCCCUCGCAGGAAGGCCGGGGCGGCGUCAGGUGGCGGGCGGGGUCAGCUGGGUUCAGGGCGCCCCCCCCGGCAGCAGCAGCUAAAGAUCAUGGACUACAACGAAACACAUCACGAGCACAGUUAGAGACACAGGACUGAGCCGGGACGCAGGGCGGAGGCUGAGAGACUGAAGUUUAUCGAUGGAGAAGAAGCUACAAAUCAGCAAAAGAGGAAUUCAGUGUUAUUUGUUCCAUUCCUCUGAGUGGACAACAGGAUUUCCCACUAUGUUUUUUUUUUUUUUUGCCCUUUUCUUUUUAUACUGAGUCAUCCUUCUACUGGGAAGUGUUGUUACCAGUGGAGAUGCUAUUCUGAGGAAUUUGGUUACUAGACAGAGAUGCUAACUGUGAUCAAAGUUAGCUGACGGUUUAAAUGGUUCGUUCACCCAAACUACAAAAAUCCUGCCUGCCUCCAAUAAUUUAGCUUUAAUAACUGGUCUAAUUUCUGAAAUAUCUGUCUCUGAGAUUUUGUCCUCCACAACCAACACGAUGAGUAUGAAUUGAAUGUUGGUUGUGGUGCUCACGGCAGUGAAAGAUCACAUUUAAAAAAAAAAAAAAAAAGCCUCAGCAGCAACUUGUCCUUUCUUACAAUGAAGAAAUAGAAAAACAUUUUCAGUGAGGUUUCAGGAUAAUAAUAAUAAUUAAAGGUGUUAUCACCAGUCAAAGUUCACCAAAGUGGAACUCCAUGCAAUGUAACGAUUCGCCACUUUGUUCUUGUAGGAUGAAAAUAAACAGGAAUAUUCAAAAUUCUCAAUUUCACUCAUGUGACCUUGCCUUAAUGGGGACUUUUUCCCGUAAAAGUUCCUUUUACGUCUAUUGUGUUGUCUGCAGAAAAAAAAAUAUUUUAAAAAAAUUGACAAAUAACACUUAAACUAUCUAAAGCUAACAUAUAAAAAAAACACUGACCCUGUAAAAUCAAAUAAAACCCAAUCACAUUAUUCAAAAACACCAUGAGGAGCAUGAGACGUUACAUUUGUCCCGAUCAUCUGUUAGCUAGUGAUGUGCCAAUGAAGCCUCAUGAACCAUUUCCCCUUAUCUUCUGAGCCCACUAGAUGGCGAGCUUGGUUUAAAGAAAAGGGCUCAAGAAAUGGUAAAUGAGAGUGAUUUCAGCCCUUUCUUGAACAGAGAGCACCAUCUAGAGGACUCAGAAAAUAAAGAAAAUGGUUAAUGAGGCUUCAUUGGCACAUCACUACUGUUAGGAAUAUCUUGGCUUUGACCACGGACCGAAAAAGAUGUAUUUCAUAUCAGAGGAGUGCAUGUUGAGUGGAGGUGAUCAGUAUGUAGAGAUUUUGUUCUGAGGAAAAAAUGGAGUAGACUGAAUUGAAAAAAAAAACAUUUCCAUACAACACUCCAUUGAGUUUCUUUCCAAAAUAAGGUAAGAAUGUGUGCGAAUGUGCAGUCAUGUUGGUUCUCGUAUUUCAGCAAAGAUGCCAUGAGGAAAGUGUAUGAAAUUUAAAAAACUGAGGAAAUUGUAUGCAUUUUUAAGAAUUCCACAUUCUGUUGUACCUUUUAUUUUUUUAUUUAUUCAGCCAUGAAGGGUGCUCGCUCACAAGAACAUAUCCCAAAUUUGAAUCAGACCUGGCAAGUGACACAAGCCCAAGCUAUAAAAAAAAAAAAAUCCUCUUUUUUUUUUUUUCUGUUUAAGACGACCAGCUGAUCACUUUGAAGUGCCAUGCAAACAUUUGUGUUCUGGCUGAAUUCAAAUAUCUUUAAACACAAGUGUUGUUUCUCAUGUUGCGUGUACAUUCAGCUGGUAGAGCCUAGGAAACAACCCAAAACAUCUUGUCCAAUCAGGUUUCCUUCUGCAGGUUUUGACAAACAGGGACUUACCUUGUUUUUUUUUUUUCUCUGAGUAUUAGAAGUAAACUCCGGUAUUGAAAGUCGUCUAAAUCCUGUUGUCCACCGGGAACUCCUGCUGUCACUUCCUUUUGCCUCGCUAUCUAAAGCAUGUUCAACAAUCCACUUUAAAUGCCAACCGUAGUAACUACCGCAAACCAAGACAGAAGGUACAAUCAGCACAAACUGAAGAAACCAGGACUCUGACCAGAGCUGGAGAAUCUGGGAUAAAAUGGCAAAAAAGGAAGUUCUUAAAGCAGUGGCUUGUGUUUAACUGUGAACAAUAAAGAUCGUCUUCAAUGUUUUGCACUACAA